AUGGACAGCAGCACCGUCGUAUUCAAGUUGCUCUGCAUGAGCCUCCUUAUUGCUUGCUUGUGUCAUGCCCAGUCUUCGAGGGAAAUGUCAUCAGAAGAUUUUGAUGGCAAUAAAUCCCCUUCAUCAUCAGAGAAAGAAUUGGUAGAGGCAAUGGAAGAGUUAUUGGGAAAAUUUCAAGACAGAUAUCCAACAUAUCAGAAGAAAGCUCAGAUUCCAUUGUGUGACAUUGGAGAGAGAUGUGCAGUGAAGCAAGGACCCAGAAUUGGCAAACUGUGUGACUGCUCUCGGGGAUCCUCGUGCAACUCCUUCCUGUUGAAAUGCAUAUGAAAACAGACAUCCUUAGAAUCUCUUGAACACACAGUAUUUAAGGACAUUGAUAAUUAAUAGAUAAAUAUAAAUUGUGCUUGCUUAUAUAAAUCUCUAUUUAUAUAAAAUCAUAUAACGUGUUUUCCAUGACAUUACUCCUAUUGCUGGAAAAUUGCAAAUUUAAGACAUUUCUUGACAUUAUUAUGAUUUCCA